GGUCUGAUUCAUCCGUAUGGUGGUAAUUGCUGUCAGAUACAUAUAGGAAAGUAUUACCGGUAGUAUGAGUAUGCCCUUACUCGGCAGAGGCAUUGCAUGGUGUUCGGACCGACCGUCAUCAACAACAACGACAUAUCCCGAGCUCGGAGCUCGCUGAGAGUGUGACACUGCGCGCCUCGAAACUUAGCCGCCAUCGCGGCCCGGCUUAGGCUAUUUUCGUUCACGAUACCAUCGUCAUUCAACGUACUAAGCAGACAAGACAUGAUCAGAGCACGGAGAUAUCAUAUUCUGGCUAUGGUGGCUAUCGUGGUGGGAGAAUAGAGAUAGAGAUGCGUUCUUGCUAUUCUGGCUAUGGUGUACGCUGUACCGCCAUAGCUGCGCCUUUCAACUCAGCCGUUUCGCACUAGUAAGGGAAGCCUGGAGAUGGCCGGGCUGAGCGAGCAGGGCUGUUUAUGUCUGCCCAUCCCCCAUUUUGUGAAAAUUGCUUCACAAUAGAAGGUCGAAGAACGAAAGGUCACUACUGCGUGUGUUUGUUGUACACAUCUUGGGUGUAUAGUUGUGUGUGUGUGUGUGGGGGGAUCAGAAAGUGGGGUGCACACACACACACACACACACACACACACACACACACACACACACACACACACACACACACACACACAGAGAGAGAGACAGAGUGAGAGAGAGAGAGAGAGAGAGAGAGAGAGAGAGAGAGAGAGAGAGAGAGAGAGAGAGAGAGAGAGAGAGAGAGAGAGUCGAAAAUAAAGCGAAUUUUGAAGAAAACGGCGAAGGAGCAUUCAUUCAAUAUGGUCCGGGGCACCAGAGGAUCCUGCAAUGGCGCGGUUCAUUCUCUGCAAGCGCGUUUUCAGGAGAGCAUAUCUCAAAGAAGAGUUCGGCUUUGGCUACUGGCGUGGAUGUUUAGUAUGCAGAUGCUAUCCUCUCAAGUCAUGGUCACAUGUGGCUAUUCAGACACGGCGUCUGCACAUACAGGUCGUAUGGGUGUGAUGCCUUUUGUGACAGUUUCUGACAAUUCGUCGGGAUCUCUUGGGAUCGACACUUCUCCCUGGAAUCACCAUUCCUAUAAAUACACAAUGAAUAAGAGUGUUGAGUAUAAUUGCAAGCAUUCAAUGAACGAUUCUGACACGAUUAUUGAGAAGAAGCAUGGCAGUAUCCCGAGUCAGUAUGACACUGUGCGGGGUAGUUGGUUUCUAAGUAGAGGUUUGACGCGUCAUGGCAAGAACUUUCUGAACUCCACAAGUGGACGAGUUCAUUUUACGUUGCUGGAUUUCUUUGAGCACCCACCAGAGGGAGGGCCUUCUCGGGUCAGUAUCCGAUUCGACCUACGUCCCAUGUCCCUUCCCCGUGGGUACGACGCCUCUGCCUUUGUCAAUGUCGAAGGCGUAUACUCGGACAAGUUGGGUGAGUUAUGCUUGGUUGGUUGCUCGAGAGCAUUUUAUUUUGCUUUUCUACCCGAAAGCAAUUUUAUUGGUGGCAAUUUUAUAGGUGGUGGUUUGCCGGUCGACUAUGUGGUCGCCGAGGAGGACAACUCCACAGUAGUCCCUACUCUAGCUUCAGAUCCCUCGCCGUACAGUGAAACAAGACAGGAAGAGAAUAUUACUUCUAGGUACAGUCCCUCGUGGUACAAUGAAGUCAGAGAGAAUGAGAAUGUUACUUUUUGGUACCAUCCAGACAACUACUAUUGGCAGACUAUAGAUUGCCGACCUGAGGACUGCGAGGUAAAAGUCGAUCUCAAGCUUGCUCAGGCCAAGAUUGGCUGGCGUUGGCGUCUCCAAGGGAGCAUUACUAGUCUCUGUGCGUGGAAUCAUUCUUUCUAUUCUGAGCCGAUUUCUCUUGAUCUAGAAGUUGUCACUCAGCAAGAAUAUCAUAACCUGGAGAUCUUACGUGAGCAUACUGAGUCCAUGGGCUUGAUCAUCGAACUUCUCAGCACUCUAUUCCAACUCCUGUACAUGACGUUCCGUCCUGAGCAAGUCCCAUGGAUUUCGAUCACAAUGGUGGUGCUUCACGUUGGCGUUCGCUGUUACCGGUGGUUUCAAAAUGUGCUCCCACCGUUCAUGUGGGAUGAUGUGGUCGGUAGUUCUAGCACUGUCUCUUCUUCCUAUAUCCCUUUUGACUAUUGGAUGACGAGCCCUUUUCCACUGACCCUUGAGCUUUGCCUCAUGACGUUUCUGGCGGCUUUUGCGGCACUAAUUUUGAAAGCAAGGCGGCAAUUGGAUAAGGCUAAACCUAGAGGCAAUGGUGAGGAGACGGCUGUGGUGUUUAGGCAGCAGGCAUCGCCAACUGAGUGGCCCGUGCUUCUCGUCUGCGUUCUGCUGUACGGUGGGGCCGCAUUGGUUGCAUGGACGUUGUUCGACAUGUACCUUCUGUUGGACCUAAUGCGAGACUACUACUUACUUCCUCAAGUUCUCGCGAAUGCUAUCUGGGACUCAAGAGGGCAGAGGCCCUUGCACUUCAUCUACACGAUCGGAUCCACGCUGUCGCCGUUUUCUCAGCUUCUGUUCGGAUACCACUACCGCAAAACUAUUGCAUACGAUGGUGAAGCCCCUGCUGAGUUUGGCCUUUUCUGUAAUUUAACGGGCAUGAUUAUGUUGCUGUGCUUGCUGCAUUCACAGCAAUCCUCUUUCGGAGGGAGGUGGUUUCUUCCUAAGCGCUGGUUCAAACAGCGGCGUGCUCCAGUUACCGAAGAGGAGAUCAGCCUUGUGGAGAAAGGUCCGUCUAGAGAAGGGGCAUUUGUCUAAACAAGUUUUGUUGUCCUGUAAGGCUUGGUGUUUCGAUUGGUUGUGGGUUGGAUUUGUCUGCAGGUUGCUGGCCCAGAGCAGGUGUGCCAGAUUUGAAAGGUGGUCGGUUAACUUCAGUUGGUCCUGCUUGUAGACUUGCAGAUGCGUGGGUUUCUCUUGCCAGUGGAUUUGAUCUUUGAAGGUUUUGCACCUUUGAUUUCUCCUGUAAUAUAGUAUUGUUGGGGGUGCGCUCAUAUUGUAUCCAAAGGUUCCAAAGCUCCCGGAGGUCGAGGAUUUCAAUUCCAAAGGGUUCAUUCCGAAGGUCCCAAAGUUUGCGAAGAUUUAAGUUCCACAGCCUCCUAUGGUUCCAAUGGUUCUGAAGGUCAGACCUUCACCCAGUGUCAGCGUUAGCGCAACCAAGCUGGUCAACUUCUUCCUUUAUUUUUUUUUUAUUUUUUUUUUAACCAAGCUGGUCAUCUGAUUCUGUAAUCAGGGCCAUAUACCACCUUGUGAUCAGUAUUGCUUCCUGGGACUAAGCCUGGCUUUCUUCUGUACAGGUAAGAUGCAUCAGGCUGAAGUAUCCGUAAUGAUUCUGUAAAAAGGGCCUUUACCCGAUAUAGUCCUCAGGCCUUGUACAAGAAAAGCCGCACGGGCCUUGAAAAAGUAAAGCAUUGUGAAAAGGUAUCUCGCCAGGGCUCAGAAACGUGAAAGCAGGUCAAAGGUCAAGUUCUCUAUCAACAGGCACAUCUAAAUCUAAGGCAAAGGGCAUUGUCAAAAGACUUGUAUCUCGCCAGAGCUCAGAAACGUGAAAGCAGGUCAAAGGUCAAGUUCUCUAUCAACAGGCACAUCUAAAUCUAAGGCAAAGGGCAUUGUCAAAGGACUUACCUGUUCACCAGGAGUUGUGUAUGUCAUGUCUGUUCGGGUGAGGGUGUGUCUGUACGUGCAGGCAGUGUGCCUGUUCGUGCAAUGGAAAGUGCCUGUUCAAGUAGUAAAUGUGUCUGUUCGUUUAGAGUUGUGCCUGUCCGAAAGUGAAGUCAGUAGGCACAGUYCCAGUUCUGGUCUAAGUCAAGGGGUCAGUCCGGAUCCAGACUUUCAAGUCCAAAUCCAGGCUGAAGUGCCUCARCAGCAGUUGAACCUCAUUGGGACUAUACUGGGACACAUGCAAUGCAGGGUCUGGGACAAAGGGAGAGGCUGAAUUGAGCCAAUGCAGACCCAGCGAGGAGUGGCCAGCACUAUAAAAAGAGCUGCCUGCCUCAUUCCUCGCCAGAUCUCCACUGGCUAAAAUGCGUGGAARUGCUGGUGCACUUGUGCGCUGAGCCAGGAGGAGCAGCGCUGGAAGAGAAGAUGCGCUGGAGGGAGGAAGAAGCCUGUACGCUGGAAGUGAUGCAGCCAUAGCUGCCCAGCGAGUUAGUAUUAGUAGUAGAGGGUUAGUAUGUAGCUAUGAGUAGUAUCCAGAGUAGAUCCUCACGAGUAUUAAAGAGUGUGUAUGCAUCAUAGGAGGAAGGGAUUGAGGCUGAGAGUGUUCAUUCAAGGUUUGGCUAUGRAAGAUACUUACCUGAGUUGGAUGUGACCUGCAGAGGUGGCGCUGAUGAGUAGUGACCACAUUGAUGACUGGGAGACAAUCUGCAGGGGUAGCGCUGAUGCCUUGGAAGUCAUAUUGAUGAGUUGAACAGAGAUUUGUGUUGCGCUGAUGAGCGCUGGACUCAGGGGAAGUUUGAAACACUUUGUAAUCAUAUUUCUGAUAAUAUAAGCCGU